GGCAUCCGCGGCGAGCUCGAGCGGGUGCUCAAGGCGGCGAGGGAGUACAAGGCUGCGCCCCCGCCCCAGGCCGUGCGCACCCUGGCGCAGAAGCUGCAGUCAGCUACGGACCGACGAUUGAAUUGGCGCAAAAUCCUCGACGAGGCCGCCAACGCGCACACGGAGGCAGAGGACAAGCUUGCGGAGGCGACGGAGUGGCGUGACCAGUGCGCGGCGAACUUCGACUCCGCCCAACGCGAGGAGGCCGACCUCCUCAUCCUCAGGGCCAGAGAGACGGGCGCUGCGGCUGCAUCCGUCGACCCGUCCCGCCAGGUCACCUUCAACUUCGACGCCGAGAAUUUCGAGGACUGGGAGGACUUGGAGGAGCAGGUCCAGGAGGAGCUCCGCAAGCUCUGCACUGAGGGCAAGACCAUCAUGGAGGAAGCGAGGGCCAACUUCGAGGCCAACUGCCGCAUGCAGCAGCAGAGGGUCAAGGAGUUCCGUGAGGCCCAGAAGAAGCGCAGGCGGGUGCAGGAGGACCCCGCCUCCGCAGCGCCUGUCCCGCCGCCGCGCCAGGAGGCCCAUGCGGCUUCGGAGGCGACGACGGCCGCAGGCGGCCAGGCCCCAGAGGGCUCAGCCGAGGCAGCAGCCAAGGCCCGCGCUGACAAGGAGGCAGCGGAGCAGGAGCGCAGUGCCAAGCAGAUUGGCGAGGCCGCGUCCAUGGCCAACCGCGCGGCCAAGACCGCCGCUGCCGAGAAGGCCAAGGGCUUCCACCCGCCCGACUACACGUCGGCCUGGACCUCGCGGUACGUCGACAUGGCGUCCAUCCUGCUUGCCAGGAUCAUUGAGCACGGCCCCCAGGCUGCCAAGUUCCUCGCAGAGAGGGGCAAACGCAAGUACAAGGCCAUCGCGUUCGCGGAGACCCACGCCACGGCGGAGCAGCUGACGGCCACCCAAGUGGCCCUGGGCAAGGGUGGCUGGAGGGUGGCUGGCACGCCGGCCACGCCCUCUGGCAAGGCUAAGUCGGGCACCUCUGGAGGGGAGAUGUGGCGCCUCGACAAGACCUUGGCGGCGACGACGUACGAGUGCCAUCGACGUCGCCAUCUUCUAGCCACGGGGAAGGAGAUCUUCGUCGGUUUCUGCCCUGUGGUCCUCCACCUGAAGGGGGGCAAUGUUGUAUUGGUGGCGAUGUACCUGCAGCCAGGACUCAAGUUUGGUGGCGCCAACCGCAAUCGGCCCCUGGCGGUGGGCAGCUACGUGCCCACCCUGUCCGACCCGUGGGUCCUCCUUGCGGACUGGAACCUCGAGCCCCCUGAGUGGGGCAGGAGCGAGUGGCUCGGCAAGAUUGGUGGCAAGAGGCCGCCCAAGGAGCCAGACCCAGAGAGCAAGACCUCGAGGCGCAAGGCGGAGGCCCUGCAGUCGCGGGCCCGCGCCCUGCCGCGGCGGCCCCAGGAGACGCUCCUCGAGAUCCACGAGCAGGGGGAGGACCAGCACCCUGAGGGUGCGAAGCUGUUCUUCAUCACGGAGGACGUUUGGUCCAGCUGUUGCCCUGAAUUGGGAGAUCCUAUCCCUCGAGCUGGUCAGAUGGAGUACUUCAUCAAUGCCAGUCGCCCUGACGACGUCCAGGAGGUCAGCCUGGCGCAUGGCAAGUGGAUCUCCCAGCUUGAGGAGGCCCACAUUGCCGUCGAGCGGAUCCCCCCUGAUCAGACCAGGGCUUGUCGAGGUCGGGCGCAUGGGCAUUCCACCGAGCGGGUCAAGGCGAACACCACCCCAGGGAGGGCCCACACGGUGGACGCUGGUGUCGAGCUGUGGAGCACCCUGACGACCUUGGCCAUUCGGGCCCGCGCCCUGGUGGCGAACAACACGGACAGCGACCAGUUGGAUUACGUCUUGGGCGACCUCGAGCAGCGGCGCGACACCAUCGCGGACGAGGGCCACCGCGCCAGGUACUUUGGCAAUGCUCUCAGUGCUGAGUUGGAGGAGUGGAGGCAUGCGAAGGAUGCUCUCCUUGCGUCCAUCGGAGACGACUUCCACCUCAUGUCAUCCUCCGACCUCAUUGGCGCACUAGAUCCAUUCAUUGAGGUGUCCGAGCGCUGGGCGAGCAGAGCCUUGGGCAGAUCCCAUGCCAAGGCGCGCCGUGGCUUCAUCGAGUGGGCGAAGGAGUCCUGGAAGUCCAAGGCGGGUGUUGUGCACAGGCACGUGCGCGAGCCGCAGGCACAGCAGACUGAGGCGCUUUUGCGGGACACUGCUGUUGCCGACCCGUCCACUAUCAUGCGAGUGAAGACUGAAGUUUGGGAAAAGGCGCGGUCGGACCCUGAGUUUGACGAGGGCAAGGUCCUACAGGAUUUGGGCGGUCUCCGCGCGCAUGCUGCUGAGGAACCCCUGGAGCCCAUCACCUUGGAGAGGCUGGAUGUGGCGCCGUCCCGGACGUCGCCCAAGAAGGCGAAGGGCAUCGACAACAUCACG